UAAAAAUUUUUUAUUAAUUUGAUUGACUAUCCGGCAUUUUCUUUUUUUUCCCUCAUUAUUUUAUUGAGCAGUACUAGUUGAAAAUUCAAUUGAUAUAAUUGUUCUAUGCAUAUGACUAAAAACAUGUGCUAAAAUUUAAAAUUGUAUCUUUUUGUGAUGAUUUUUUUUACAAUUUAACAAUUGUUAUAGAUUAUUAAUUGUAUUAUAUAUGAAAUGAUGAACUAUUAAAUGAAGUCCUUAUAUUUUAUUAAUUAAAAUAAAUUAACUCUGUUUUUUGCUUACUUUUAAGAAGAUUUUGCUUGCUUAAUGAAAUAGAUGUUCUAAACCUUAAAUUUUUUUCUUGCUUUUUGUAAAUAUUGUUCAAAACUUUUGAUGUUAUUUUUUUUUAAAAUUCUAAAGCUUCUUUCUCUCUAUCCUUCCCAAUUUCAUCCUCUUCUCAUUCAGCUAUCACCUCAAUCACCUACUAAAACUAUACUAACAUGUCUACCUCGGUACGUCCUCGUCCAUCGCCUCUGAACUCUCCUCGUUCUUCUCCUUGUCCGUCACCACGUAGUUCUCCUCGGUUUGCUCGUAAACACAUUCGUUCACCCACAGUUAAAAGAAGAAUGAUGCCAGUUAUCGUAGUACACGGGGGAGCAGCAACUGUGCCACCAGAUUUUCAACCUCUGAAAAUAGAAGGCGUGAAACGUGCUGUUAAUAAAGGUUAUGACGUACUGUUGUCACCUGAAGGUACGGCUCUUGACGCGGUUGAAGCUGCUGUUAAAGUAAUGGAGGAUGACCCUGUUUUUAAUGCAGGGUUUGGAUCAUCUUUAACUAUAAAUGGUGAUGUAGAAAUGGAUGCAAUUGUAAUGGAAGGCACUAGAAUGAAAGCUGGUGCUGUUGGUGCAGUCGCAAGAGUUUCUAGUCCAGUCUCUCUUGCUAGAAGAGUGAUGGAACAAAGUGAACAUGUUCUUAUGAUUGGUUCUGGAGCUCAUCAAUUUGCUCAAAUGGUUGGGAUGCCUUUGAUUCAGUCUCAACAACUAGUUACUAAUUGGGCUCAAGAAAGACUACAACAAUACAAAACCUUUACAAAUGCUGUACAAUCAUCUAUGACCUUAAAUGAUCAUGAUACAGUGGGAGCUGUUGCAAUUGAUUCAGCUGGUCAUGUAGCCUGUGCUACUUCAACGGGAGGAAUCACUGCCAAACGCGCUGGUCGUGUGGGUGAUACCCCUGUUGUUGGAGCUGGUGGAUUUGCUGAUGACUUUGUCGGUGCUGUUUCAACUACGGGACAUGGAGAGACCAUUAUGAGAGUUUCUUUGUCUCGUCAUAUUACGGGGCUUAUGCAACAGGGCAUGUCUGCGCAAGAUGCUGUUGUUGCUGGUUUGGAGUACAUGAAAAACAGAGUUCAAGGCUAUGGUGGUGCUAUUUGUGUUAGCAACAAUGGAGAAAUAGGUACUCACUUUACGACUGACAUGAUGCCAUGGGCCUAUAGGAAAGGUAAUAUAUUGCAUUUCGGUAUGAGACCCAAUGAAGAUAUAUCAGAUGUAGUACAAAUAGACUGUUCACCAUAGAAGAAAACUAUAAAAGAACUUUUAGAAUUUUUACAAGAAUUGCAAAUAUUGUAGCAGAGCUAUUUUUGGAAAACUAUAUAUAGGAGAUAUAUGCCCAUUUAUAUCAUAUACAUAAUUAUUUAUUCUGCCUUCCUUCUAAUAUUUAAGUAAAAGAGUGAUUUACUUUGCUGGAUCUAACUUUCAUCUUAACUGUUUACAAGCUUUAGUAAUGACACGUGGCAAUUGAAUUUAUCUUAUUUAGAUGAUUUAGAUAUGCAUGGAAUGAUUCAUUUUGUAAUUUAUGUCAGUCUACUAUUUUUAAAUUGUAAGUCCAUUGAAAUGUUUAAUAAAAGUUUCAAUCAGUUCAAAA